UCUACCCUCAACCUCCCACCAUUAAUUAUAUGGAGUACAUAAACUUUAGAAAAUUGAAAAAAAAUUAGCACUUCUCAAAUUCAACUCUAUUUUCAGAUUAAUUAACAAAUCUCUCUCUCUCUCCAGUCUCCCCCAAUUCCAUGGAGCCAAUCGAAGAUGCGAUUCCAACAACGGAACAGCCAGCAUCAGAAUCAACUGUGGAAUCGCACCACGUAGCAGUUCCUCCGGGACUGACACCGGAGGAGUUCGAGGAUCUCAAACCCGCGGUGGCGGAAUUCCACAAUUACAGGGUCAACGCCGGCCAAUGCUCCUCCAUACUUGCGCAGCGCGUCCACGCGCCUCCGCAGGACGUCUGGUCCAUCGUCCGCCGCUUCGACAAGCCGCAGACGUACAAGCACUUCAUCAAGAGCUGCAGCGUGCGGGAGGGCUUCACCGUGCGCGUCGGCGAGCUGCGCGACGUCGCCGUCAUAUCGGGGCUGCCGGCGGCCACCAGCACCGAGCGCCUCGAUAUCCUCGACGACGAACGGCGCGUGACCGGAUUCAGCAUCAUCGGCGGGGACCACCGCCUCAGGAACUACCGCUCGGUGACGUCCGUGCACGAGCUUCCCGGUGGAAACUCCACCAUCGUGCUGGAGUCGUACGCGGUGGACGUGCCGGAGGGGAACACGGAGGAGGACACGCGCCUCUUCGCCGACACGGUCGUGAAGCUCAACCUCCAGAAGCUCGCAUCCGUCGCCGAAGCUAGGGCUACAAUCGAUUGAAAUUACAGGUAAUUAAUUAAUUCCUAUUUUCUGUCGCUAAGUCGUGUGAUAUGCACGCCUGCAGUAGCUAUCAACGAUCGAUCUGCUCACAAUUUCUGCGAUUCGAAAUCUGGAAAUAAGAUUCGAAGAAAAAGGACUUAAUAUUGGGGUUUUUUGAGUUUUGUUUGGAACUAGUUUAUCUCUUUCUUUUGUUCAUUGAUUGCUGUGUGAAAUUUGAUUUUUGGUGGAUAUUGAUCAAUAAUUGGCGCUUCAAAACCUACUUUCUUCCAAAGGGGAAAAACAACAUUUGUAAUUAUAAUAUUGGCGAUUGGAGCAAAUGAAAUUGGAGAAUUUGAGGCUGUCGACAUCCAUCAAUGUUUGCAUCAAUUUAUUCUUAUUCGAUUGGUAAAUGUGGUAGCUAAAUAAUUUUGCAUAGGGAAUUCAAAUACACUCUAUAUUGGAAAUUUCCGUAACCUCAAUUAAUACUCCAUAAAAUUACUGUGCAUUGUUAAAUUGGUACAUGAGCAUCAAUUGUGCAAUUCUUCCUUGUUAUGAGUUUGGAUAUGACAACAUUCACAGAAUAGUUACUAAGUGAGAUCUAGUCGCUGUCGAAAUAUUAUCCUUUUAUGUGGCACAGCUUGUGUAAAUAUUUUAUGUUUUACUAGUAAUAUUUAUGGAUCUAGUUUUAAAGUUA